AUGGUCUCAUCUUGGACAAUAUGGACUACCUCCAGUAUCCCGUUCUGGAGCCUGUCUGCAGCAGUCCUGCUUUUGGUUGCGUAUGCUGGUAGCAUCAUCUACGAGCUUUACUUGUCGCCUCUCAGUCGUUUUCCAGGCCCUAAUCUCUGGGCUAUCUCACGCAUCCCCGGACAGCUUUCUGUCUUACGGGGUCGGCAUCACUUGGAUAUUUUGGCCUUACAUGAACAGUAUGGCCCUGUUAUCCGGAUCAGCCCUAAAGAGUUGGCUUUCAACACCCCGCAGGCCUUUCGGGAUAUCUACGGUGCCAGGCCCGGAGGUUGCUUUGCCAAAGAUCAAAGUCAUUAUCUGCCGCCGGCAAAUGGCGUUGACCACUUGGUGUGUGCCGUGGACAAUGCUGUGCAUGCGCGCCAGCGGCGUCUAUUGGCACAUGCAUUUUCAGAUCGAGCCCUAAGAGAUCAGGAGGGACUCAUCAAGGGUUAUGUCGAUACUAUGAUUGGAAAGCUACGUGCAGAGAUAACUAAGAAGAAUUUUCCUCAUGUCGACAUCAGCAGUUGGAUGAAUUACACUACAUUUGACAUCACAGGCGACUUGAUGUUUGGCGAGUCAUUCGAUUGCCUCAAGGACAGCCGGCUGCACCCGUGGAUUCAAUUAAUCUUCAGCUCUAUCAAAGCACUUGCUAUUGCAGGCGUUGCAAACCAAUUUCCAAUUGUCGGAACAAUAUUCCAUGCUCUCAUUCCAAAAGAAGUCAAACGAAAGGCCAUUGAGCACUUCGACUUGGCAGCCCAGAAGGUCGAUCGACGUCUCGAGACAAACAUGACCAGGCCGGACUUUAUUUCUGCUAUUCUGCAGAAUGGACUGAGCGAGGCGAAGGGCCAGUAUCUAGACGGAGGGCGGAUCAUGAGCCGAGCAGAAAUCCAUUCGAAUGCAUUUAUCCUCAUCGUCGCUGGCAGUGAAACCGCUGCAACGUUCCUUUCCGGCUGCAUAUUCUACCUUUGUACCAGCCCACCUAUCAUGAGCCAGCUCGUCUCUGAGAUUAGAACUACAUUCGCUACAGAAGACGAGAUCACAUUCCGCACUGCUGCCACCUUGCCAUAUCUGGCAGCCGUCAUCGAAGAGUCCCUGCGCAUGCACCCGCCCUUCGUCACAAGUCUCGCACGUAUCAUGCCACCAGGUGGAUCAAUGGUUGAUGGUCACUAUGUACCUGGCGGGACUGUUGCCGCCUGCCACCACUACGCCUCGUACCACUCUUCGUCCAAUUUUGCCUUCCCAGAUGUCUUCCUCCCAGAGCGAUGGCUCGGGCACGAUCCCCGUUUUGCUGACGACAGAAAAGAUGUCUUGCAGCCCUUCAGCCUGGGGCCACGGAACUGUCUAGGGAAAAACCUGGCAUACUGCGAAAUCCGCCUCAUUCUCUGCAAACUGCUGUACCGUUUCGAUAUUGCUCUGUGUCACGAAAGCGCUGACUGGGCCAACCAGAAGGUCUAUUUCCUUUGGGAUAAGCCGCCGCUUAUGGUGGCGCUGCAAGAUCGCUUUCAAAAAGGCAAGGAUGUUUCAAACUAG